AUGAAUUCUGAGAUGAGGAUUGUUCUGCUGGGUAAAAGUGGAUCAGGAAAGAGUUCAGCAGGAAACACCAUCCUUAAAAAACAAGAGUUUAUGGUGGCUGUAUCCUCUGAGUCUGUAACUAAAGAAAGUGAAAGACGUUACGGGAAACUGGAGGGCAGAAAAGUCACUGUGAUUGACACUCCAGGUCCUUUUGAUACACAUUCUUACAAAACAGUGAAAGAGCAGAUAGAGAAGGCCAUUGAUCUGGCUCAUCCUGGAGUUCAUGUGUUUCUGCUGGUGCUGAAACUGGGUGUGAGAUUCUCAGAGGAGGAGGAGAAAACUGUAAAGUGGUUUCUGGAGACCCUUGGAGAAGAGGCAAAAAAACACACCCUUAUUUUGUUCACUCAUGGAAACGAGUUAAAGGAGACAAAUAUAGAACAACACCUGCAAGGAGAGUCAGUUGUGAAGGAAAUGAUUGACAGUAUGGCUGGUUAUCAUGUGUUUGAGAAUAAAAAUGUAAAUGAUGAGACCCAAGUCACAGAGCUGCUGAAGAAGAUCGACAACCUGAUGGAUAAGAAUGAAAAACAGAUUUACACCAGAGAAAUAUACAGUAAGGUUCAGAGAAAGAAACGAGUAAAACAUAUUGUAUCUGGAACUGUGGGAGCUGUUGGAACAGGGGCAGCAGCAGCAGCAGCAGCCAGUGGUAAAUUUUCUGGGAUAGCAGUAGGAGUAGCAGGAGCAGCAGGAGCAGUAGUAGGAGCAGGAGUAGGAGUAGCAGCAUCAAUGGGGUUAAUGGCAUGGAUGAAAUAA